CAUGCACGUCAAUUUUAUAUUGUGAAAACAUUAAGCGCACGUGUGAUUUUAUUAAAAGUCUAUUUCUGGUUAUUAUUGUUUUUAACAUAAUUUUGAAGUAUGGUUAAACCAAAAAAAGCCAAUUUAGUUCAAAAUAAAAAUGUGGCUUUGGACAAACAAUUGGUUCAGGGGAAAGUAGCAAAACGAAAAAAUAAAGAUAAGUUUCAUUUGCGCGCAGAAGAAUCUUCGGUGUUGGAUAGCAAAACAAGUAAAAAAAUAUUAGAUGCAGCAAAAGCGCAACAGUUAGAACUUAACGAUGAUAACUUCCCUAGCCUCGGAGGGAAAAAACCAUAUAAUCAUGUCAACAUAGGAGACAUUGCUGAAGAGGACGAAAACAAAGAUGUCACUGAAAAUGAUUUUAUGGACAAUUUAGAAAUCGACGAAGAAGAUGCCAAAGCAUUCGAACGAUUUCAAAAUCCCCAGGAGGGAAAACGAACCUUAAAACUAUCUGAUAUUAUAUUGGAAAAAAUACAAGAAAAACAACAAGAUAUUCAGAGCAAGCUCACAGAUGAUGGAUCUCUUAAAAUAGAAGAUAUAGACCCCAGAGUGCGAGAAAUGUAUGAAGGAGUUCGAGAUGUAAUGAAGCGGUAUCGGAGUGGGAAAGUGCCGAAGGCAUUUAAAAUUAUUCCAAGGUUGCGAAAUUGGGAACAGAUUCUAUUUAUAACGGAACCACAUAAUUGGAGCGCUGCAGCUAUGUUCCAAGGAACUCGUAUAUUUUGUUCAGUUCUCUCUCAUGCAAUGGCUCAGCGGUUUUACAAUUUGGUUUUGUUGCCGAGGAUAAGAGACGAUCUAUGUGAAUAUAAAAAACUGAAUAUGCAUUUGUACAACGCUUUGAAGAAAGCGCUUUUCAAACCAGCUGCUUUUAUGAAAGGAAUAAUAUUGCCUUUGUUGGAGGCUGGUGAUUGCACAUUGCGAGAAGCAAUUAUAUUUGGGAGUGUCAUCGCUCGUAGUUCGAUUCCAGUAUUGCAUUCGUCAGCAUGCUUACUCAAAAUUUGUGAAAUGGGAUACACAGGUGCAAAUUCAAUAUUCAUACGCUACUUCCUUGACAAGCGUUAUGCCUUACCUUAUCGCGUUAUCGAUGCUGCCGUUUUUCAUUUUAUUAGAUUUGAAAAUGAUCGACGUGAAAUGCCUGUAUUGUGGCAUCAAAGCUUGUUAACUUUUGCCCAACGUUAUAAGAAUGAUAUUUCUUCAGAGCAAAAAGAGGCUUUGCUCAAUUUAUUAAGGAAGCAAUCACACCCAAAGAUUACCGCCGAAAUUCGAAGAGAACUAUUGGCGUCAAGUUGUCGGGAUAUUGAAAUGAUGGAAUGUAGCAAUGAAACAGCUGCAAUGCCAGUGGAAAUGUACACUGACAAAGAUGUGUGCUAUGAGUAAAUAAGUUCCAACGUAUUGUAUGCGCCUAAACUGUUUGAAGGAAAAGCUACAAAAUUAUAUUAUAUUUUUGAAUUUUCUAACAAAUUUUUAAUUUGCAUUCGUUGAUAUAAACGUUUGGAUAUAAAAAUCAAGUAUCUUAGAAUGGAUAGAAAUUGGGGUUUAAAUUUUACCCGUUUGAGUAAAUUGCGUUUUGUGUACUGAAAUCAAACUCAUAAUAUUAAUAAAAAUUAUUGUUAAUGCUCUGCAUAAUCAAAUAUGUUGAAUCAUAAAAUUACUUUAACAUCGGUAGUAAAGAUACUAAAGCCAUUAAUAAAUAGUAAAAA